AUGAUUACCAAAUAUUUUAUAUCCUUCUCCCUUCGUCGUGGAGGAAUCGACAUAUGUGAUGGUCUCCCUUCGUCGAUCAAAAAAUGGAAAGAGGAAUACUUCUUUGUUGAUGCUUCAGCCAUCAUCAUGCGUAUGCAAUUUGGUAACCUAGCGAAUCGUGAUUCUGACCCCGUUCUGGAACUAUCAGAUGUUGAACAUAACGUUGUCAAGAGGCUUAUUGCUAACUUCCUUGUUUGUUCCGACCCUAAAGAAUCGACCUUAAGUUUGGCUAAUUUGGGUAGCACUUAUGGAGUUCCCGUAGGAGUUUCAGUCCCUAUUCUAAGGGUUAGUAACCCUACCUUACUGGAGUCGCUUCAUCGUAAGCGUUGGUCCAAAGUUGUCCAAGGGGCAGCGCAUCUACCACUAAAUCUAAUCCUUCAUCUAAUGCAGAUGUCGAGGGUGAGUAUGAAACGAGUAUUCAUUCUACCGUCCCUAACAGCCCUGCGAAUUCUAUCGACAUUUCCUCUUCUACUAACUAAGUAA